AUGUCGCAAUCACUGACCAUGUUAUCGAACAUAGAUUCGAGCUUGAUGAACCAGCAAGCUGUCGGGACAGGUGAUCAGCAUGGAGACUCCUCAAAAAUCUCAGGAACAGACUCGUCAUCGUUGGGUCAGCAAAGCAACUCCGAAGACGAUGACGAAGAAGACAAGAGCGGGCUCUCUGAAGAGAAAAAGUAUCAAUGUAGCCAGUGUCACCAUUCAUUUACCAGGAAACAUAACCUAAAAUCGCAUAUGCUCAUCCACACAGAUGAAAAGCCUUUCGAAUGUACCCAUUGCAACAGUAAGUUCAGAAGACAGCAUGAUUUGAAAAGACAUGAAAAGCUCCACACCGGUGAAAAGCCUUAUAGAUGCGAAAAAUGUGACAAAAGGUUUGCUCGUGCAGACGCACUGCUGAGACACGCGAACUCCUCGUCCGGGUGUGCUGGAGCAGGAUCCACUUCCAGCAUGGACCCGUCCUUGUCUCCUGGCUCCAGUGCUGGAACGACGUUGGGAAAGCGCAAACCCUACGAUGAACAAACAAUUCAAAUGCACCCUUACAAAAAACCGAAAGAUGCCACCAACGCUGAGGCUGCUGCUGCCGCCGCAGUGGCUUCGGCCGUGUCAAAUUACUACGUGCAACAAGCAGCCAUCCAGACACAGCAAAGACAAAGCAGGUCUCGAUCCACGCAACAGUCCUCUCAGCCGCAGGUUUCGCUCAACUCUACAAAUAACUAUAUGCAGUCGGCGGGAUAUCCUCAACAGCAGCUCGCCAAUUAUGGAGGAAACAACUCGAAUGAUGCCACUUUGGCUGAGCUCUACGGCACUAUUGCUAUUUUAGAGGCCAAGGUGAACACUUUAGAGUCCCGAAUCAUGGAACUGGAAGGUAAAGUGUCACAUGCUGGCCACUAA